AUGGCUAAAAUGCUGUGGUUGGCGGUGUUCUUUAUUUGUUCAAUCGUUCAACAAGGUGAUGCUGAAGCAUUCCCCUAUUCGGGCAUGAAACAAGGACACCAAUACUUGAUGCCAAAUUGGCCGAACCGACCCAAUUUCAACAAAUUCUACAAUGGGGAGGAUCUUGGAGAACGACUAGGAUCAGGCAAGAUGACCCACUAUUUCCCUCCACAUGUCCGAGCGGCUGUCGGCCAGGAGCUCCUGCGUCGACUCCAGAAGUUAAGCUCGAAAAAA